ACUUAGUCGCCAUGGCCGACACCUCUCCACUCCACCGGAUCAUCGGCGCCGCCAUGUGGGACGCCGAGCCCCUGCUCGGCCGCCUCGUAAUCCUCGCCCACGCCGCCUUCCUCGACGCGGGUUUCGUGUCCACCGGCGCCGCCAAUGACGACGGCGCCCAAAGCUCCGUCCGACUUCCGAGGCAGGUGGGCGCGACGGCCUCCGCGCUCUCGCUCCGGUACACCGCGCCGCAGCUGCUGCACCGGCACCGGCAAGACGCCGCCGCGGCGGCGGCGGCGACGGUUGCGCUGAGGGUGUGCGCGCACGGGCGGCGCCACGUCGUGUUCUACGUGUGCGUCAGGUUCGCCAACCCGUGGCUGGACACGUACUGGAUCUGCCUCGACGCGCCCGCCGCCGCGGCGCUCCUCGCCGGCGGGCUGGACGACACGGCGCGCGCGCUGGCGAGGCGCGAGCGCGGCGCGCGCCUCGCCGCGCUCUGGAGCGCGCUCGCCGACAGGCUGUGCCGGCGCGUCCUCGUCGACCUGUGCGCCAAGAACGGCGUGCCGGUGGAGCCCGAGCACGAGCUCAUGUCGCUCCCCGACGACGUCAAGGUCGCCAUCCUCGCCAGGCUCGCCGCCGGCGAGGACCUCGCGAGGGUGGAGUGCACGUGCGUCGGGCUUAACCUCCUCGUCGCGGAGCACGACUCCACGCUCUGGAAGCCCAUGUACACGAAGCUGCGUUCCCAGCUGCGGCGGCGGCUGCGGUUUCUCGGAGUCAGCUAUGGCGAGCCGACGGCGGUGAGCUGGAAGGCUAGGUACGUGGCGGUGAGGCGGCGGCGUGUUCCGGCGGCGCAUGACGUGUUCAUGGGAGAAAUACUACUGCCGGUGAUGACAGAGUGGAUGAGAGUUCCAUGGAUACGUAGGUAUCCAUUUGUGCCGCCUCCGCCGCCGGAGUCGCCGGAGGAGGAGGAGACGGUCGUACCUCGUCGGAGGAGGAGGCGGAGAGCAAUGCCAAGGGACGCCGGCCAUGGCCGUGCGGCGCCGGGACAUGGCGGCGACAAGAAGCAGUGGCGUGGCGCCGGCGCGGUUCAUUCGCCGUCUUCCGGGUUCCGAUGGAAACACCGGUGAC